CCUCCCAAAGUCAGUAACAGAACCGGGCUAAUCCAAGAUUAAAAGUUAGACCUGAAGGGUCUGGAUCAAAAGUUCAACGGCAGCGGAGUCAGCAUGAAGACUGAACAGAGUUAAUGGCUGAGCUGUAAGAAAUACCGGAUGUAGUUCUGAUGGUGGUUCUGAUCGGGGUAUUUUUUUGGUGAUGACGGACUCUGGGCUAGACUACUUUGAGCUGCUGCAACAUGAAGUCAACAAGAAUCCAGAUAGGCUGCUGGAUGUGGGAAAGGAGGAGGACCAGGAGGAGGUUGCUCCUCCUUGCAGAACCCUCCCAGCUCUCUGCUCCAUCCCCCGGGGCUUAGUGGUCUCCCCUGGCCUUGGAGGAACACCAGUCACCCCCCAGUUGACAGAGGACCUGAGGAGGAUUCUCUUCGGAGGAACGUUUCACGUCUUCAACUACGAGUGGAGGAAGUCUUUCUUCCAGUUCAGAGAGCCAGGCUCUGAAAUGUCGUACGCCCUGGAGGCAGACAGGGGCGGAGCUCGAGCUAUUCAGAUGGUCAUCCAAGCUCGCAUCAUCAAGUACCUCCUGUUCAGUCGACCGGACAGCACAGAGAUAGGGACGCUGGACAACCUCACUCAGGUGGAACAGAGGGACCAGGAAAAGGCACUUGCAGCUGCACUCUCUGACAGCCUCUGGUUGGCCGGUCAGGAGGAGCGAGCCACUGUUACCUUGGUAACGGAGGCCUACUGCAUCACUCCCCACCUGGACUACAAGAUGGACAACUUUACGGAGAAGUUGCAGCUGUUCACAUUCAACAAGAAGGAGGACGUCCAGAAGUUCAUCAUGAACCAUAUUAAAUGUUUUAAAGAGGAGGGGAGCCAUGGAGUCAUCCUGUUCUUGUAUAGCCUGAUCUGCUCCCGGACAGUAGAGAGGAUGAGAGACGAUUUGGACUGCGACACCGCCCAUCUGCUGCACCUCAGCCUGGGAAACUUUGUGUGUCGACAGCCUUUAAUGAACCUGCUGCUGACCGGCAGAGCAAGCUCUCACGUCUUCAAUGGGACGCUGCAGUUUGGGGAGGACGGCCAGCCUCUGGAGCGCCCCCUGAAGGGAGUCCUGUCUCGCAGCGAUGUUGGUUAUCUGCACUGGAGCCGGGAGCAGAUGAACCGAGACGGGCUGCCGCAGGUAGGCAGCAUGCUGAAGACCCCCAGGUUCCCAGUCUGGGUUUGUAGCAUUAACACCAGCCACUCGGUUCUGUUCAGCCUGAGCCGCUCCCUGCUGUCUGACUGGAGGAUGGAGCACCUGUUUCAGCUCUUCUAUUAUAAUGGCCAGAACUGCCAGAGGUCCACGGCACGACUAACCGUUGAUACUCACUCCCACCACUGGGAGGCGAUGUCUAAUGAGUCAGACCCAGAGAAAAGGUUCCCGUCCCUGGAAAUGACCAUCAGGACAAAGUGGGACGGAGCCGCCAUUAACUGGAACGGGACUGACCCAUUCUACUGAGCAGAUGAGUUAUAGCUCCCCCUGCUGGCGCUAUCCUGACCUGCAUGUAUUAAUCAACACAACAUAAGGAUGAGAGAAAUGAGAAGCUCUGAUAAUCUAAAGCAUCUGGGGAGAAAUCUAAAUUGGAAACAAUAAAA